ACCACUCUUUAGUCUUUACUGUUUUACUUGUUAAAACCCAAAUUUCCAAAACCCUCUCAGCGCUACACCCAAAACGAUGUCGUCUCAGAAGAAAUCGAUCACCCUGAAGAGCUCCGACGGCGAGAGCUUCGACGUCGAGGAGGCGGUGGCGUUCGAAUCGGUGACCAUCAAGAACAUGCUGGAGGACGUCGGCGCCGAGAAUGCGAUCCCCUUGCCCAACGUCACCGGCUUCAUCUUGGGGAAGGUGAUCGAGUACUGCCGGAAGCACGUCGAGGAGGGCAAAGAUUCCGACAAGGAUAGGGCCGGCGAUUUCGUCAAGCCCGGCGACUCGCCUCUCAAGGCUUGGGAAGCCGAUUUCGUCAAGGUCGAGCAGAGUGUGCUGUUUGACAUCAUUUUGGCUGCAAACUAUCUGGACAUUAAGGGGCUGCUGGAUUUGACGUGCCAGACUGUGGCAGACAUGAUCAAGGGGAAGACUGCAGAAGAGAUUCGCAAGCAUUUCAACAUCAAGAAUGACUAUACUCCAGAGGAAGAAGAGGAGGUUCGGAGGGAGAAUCAAUGGGCAUUUGAUUGAAGCCAAGGGCUGUCUAUUCAAUGUUGAUAAUGUGAAUGGUAGGAAUGUCGAUAUAACUACGGGCCGAUCAUUAGGGUUUUUGUGAAGUUUGCUUAUUUGUGUUAACAAUGGAGCGGUGUUGUUAGGUUGCUUAGUGUUUCGAAGAUUUGCAAAACUCUUUUGUUAUCCUAAUAUAAUGCGGAUUUUAUUGCGUUAGUCUUC